CGUAAAUUGGAUAGGAAGUUGUAGACCUGCGUCGUAUUUUCCUUAGCUAGUGUCCGUCUGCUUUGGGAUAAAAAUAACGAGGCCAUUUAUCCAGAUACGGUUUACCACAAUUUUGGUGAAAUGAAACACAAUUCCAAUGUUCCAGCGUUCCUUACAAAGCUUUGGACUUUGGUUGAAGAUUCCGACACAAAUGAAUUCAUCUGCUGGAGUCAGGAGGGGACUAGUUUCCUUGUUUUGGAUGAACAACGGUUUGCUAAGGAAAUACUGCCCAAGUUCUUCAAGCACAACAACAUGGCCAGCUUUGUCCGACAGCUGAAUAUGUAUGGCUUUCGGAAAGUGAUGCACAUUGACACGGGUAUAGUCAAGCAAGAACGAGAUGGGCCUGUUGAAUUCCAGCACCCCUACUUCAAGCAUGGCCAGGACGAUUUGCUUGAAAACAUCAAAAGAAAGGUGUCCACAAGCAGGCCUGAGGAGAACAAAGUGAGACAGGAGGAUCUGUCAAAGAUUCUGUCCAGUGUUCAGAAUGUGCAUGGAAAACAAGACAGUCUGGAUUCCAGACUUGCCACUCUGAAAAGGGAGAAUGAGGCUCUGUGGGGAGAAAUCACAGACCUGCGGCAGAAACAUACCAACCAGCAGCAAGUCAUUAAAGAGUUGGUGCAGUUCAUCUUCACACUGGUUCAGAACAACCGCAUUCUCAACUUAAAACGCAAAAGGCCUCUCCUGCUAAACAGUAAUGGGAAGAAAUCCAAGUUCAUUCACCAGAUCUAUGAUGAGCACGCGGACCACAGCAAAGUAUGUGCACAGGGGUCGGUUAAUGGACUCGGCGGUCUGAAGAACAGCGCGGAUAUAUCUGAGGAUGUCAUCAUCUGUGAUGUCACCACUGAGGACUCUGAGAUCGUCACAGAGUCCUCGAGAGCCCUGGACCAGAUGGACUUCGAGAUCAUCGAGGUCACUGAGGGCAACACGGUUACGCCGACCACCUUGACGGAGGAAGAUGAUCCUGCGGUGGAAUCGGAAGAACUUUGCAGAAGCAUGACUGACGGCCUUCCCACCAGCAGUGCCCUGCAGCUCAACAAGCCCUGCAGCCUCAGUCAGGAGGACCCCGUGAAGAUGAUGGACUCCAUCCUGAAGGAGAGCGGGGCCAUCUCGCAGAACAUCAAUCUCCUGGGGAAGGUGGAGCUGAUGGACUACCUUGACAGCAUUGACUGUAGUCUAGAAGAUUUCCAGGCCAUGUUGUACGGAAAGCACUUCAGCAUUGAACCUGAUAUCCUAGAGGCAACAGAUGGCCCCAAAGGAACCAUUGAGCUGUUCUCCAAAGAAGGAAAGUUAGACAGUGAUAAUGCAGCAGACAAGCAGCUUAUCCAGUACACCACCUGUCCCCUGUUGGCCUUCCUGGAUGGCUGCACACCCCUGACCCCCACUGACCCCGAGACCCCCGCCCCCCUCACCACUUCCACCGGCAGCCGCUUUUCGACCACAUCCGCCCUCAGCACAAGCCUGCUGGACACAGACAGCCUGGUGGGGAUCGGGUCCGGGACAGUCCCAGAGGACGGGCCGCCGGCCGACCUGCUGGCCGCCCCCACCGAGAGCGAAGAGAAGCGGCGCAGCACUCUCAUCCGCCUGGAACCGCUGACGGAGGCCGAGGCCAGCGAGGCGACGCUCUUCUACCUGUGCGAGCUCAACCCCGAGGGGGAUGAAGUAGAGAGCACUCUCCCUCUGGACCUCUGAGCAGGCACAGCAUGGAGCUCGAGGCUGAGAGCUGGGACACUUUGAAAACAACAAAAACAACAUAAAAAAAAAAAGAAAAAGGAUGGACCUUAUUUGUACAUAUUCAUCAAAAUGAUGAUCUAUUUAUUUCCAAGUAUCUUUUGGUACAUACCGUCUACUGUUGAUGGUUUCCGUUCGUGCUUUUUUUUUUUUAAGAUUAGAUGUGUGCUUGUUUUGUUUAGUAGUUCUUUUUUAUUUUCCCAUAGGUGACACAUUCUGUCAGCUAUUUGCAGAUGCUUUUCUUAGGGAAAGUCUGUGUCCAGUCACUCAAUACAUGUGCACAUGUUAACACGCACACACACAUGCACGUACACAAACACAUACACACACAGAAACACACUGUAGUUGUUUUGUUUGCUGUCCUGUACGGAGUUUGCUGCAGUUAUGUUGUCGUUUUACCAUUGAAACAUCUUGACUGUGGAAGGUAAAUAUAUUGCUUACAAAAAUUGCAAGUCAGAAAAUAUGUUAAGACAUGAAAAGACAAAAUGCUAACCUGUGCAUUCUUAUGGUCCUUAAUGUACAAAGACAUGGAAAGUGCCUGCAUCUCCGUCAUUUAUUAUCAUUGUUAUUAUUGCUGGUAUUAUUGAAACCAGACCAUUCAAAGUUUCUAUUAGUCUGGCCUUUGUGUUUGUUGGUCUUAGCGGAUUGUGCAGAGACCUGUGUGACUGUUAGCUUUUUUUUGUGAGGUGGUUGUUGUCACUCUCUCAGGCUUGGCUGUAACAAUAAAGGAACUGCAACUACA